AUGACUACAUUGAUUCCAGCCUCAAGAUGGUCCAGGUUGAUGUUUGUAGGCUGGAAGGAAGAUGCAGUCCUCAGACUGUUCCUCAUUACCCCCAUCUUCUCCUUCAUAUUUCGGACAGGUGUCUUUGCUCAUCCCCAAUGCUUGGACUUUGGACCCCCUUUCAAGCCCGCCAUGCACUUGGAAUUUUGCUCCCAGUAUGAAGAAUUUGGAUGCUGCAACCAAGAGAAGGACAACAUCAUAGCCGAGAGAUACUGGUCCAUCAUGGACCACUACGAUUAUAAGGAGCAAGAGCUGUGCGGGGGAUACGUCAAGGACAUUUUGUGCCAGGAAUGCUCUCCUUAUGCUGCCCAUUUAUAUGAUGCUGAAGACCCCCGGACGCCACUGAUGGCUCUUCCAGGCCUCUGCUUUCCAUAUUGCUCAGACUUCUACUUUAACUGCCGUAGCAUCAUCUCACUGAUGACGGACAACAAGGACAUAUUGGAGUCCACAAAAGACCGAGAUCAGUUUUGUCAUCUUCUCGAACUACCAGAUCCAGACUAUUGUUUUCCAGAUGUGCUACAAAAUAUGGCCCUGAAUAAGAAACUUGGGGCCAUUGUUGAAGACCAAGAAGGCUGCCUCAAAAUGUGCCUAGUGGAGGUGGCCAAUGGGUUGAGGAACCCAGUGUUGAUGGUUCAUGCUAAUGACGGUACUCAUAGAAUGUUUGUGGCAGAACAAGUUGGUAUAGUUUGGGUCUACUUACCCAAUGGUGAACGAUUAGAAGAACCUUUCCUAUACCUGCAAGACAGCGUGGUAUCAAGUCCAUGGCAUGGAGAUGAGCGGGGAUUACUUGGAAUGGCAUUCCAUCCAAAACACAGGAGGAAUGGGAAAUUUUAUGUUUACUAUUCUAUAAUUGAUGACGACUAUGUGGAGAAAAUCCGAAUAAGUGAAUUCCAAGUGUUCUACUAUGAUAUAAAUAGGGCGGAUCGAAACUCUGAAAGAAUUAUUUUGGAGAUUGUGGAACCUUUCAGAAACCACAAUGGAGGGCAAAUACUUUUUGGUGUGGAUGGAUAUCUGUACAUAUUCACAGGAGAUGGAGGGGAGCUUGGAGAUCCACAUGGAGAAUUUGGAAAUGGACAAAACAAAAGCGCCUUGUUGGGUAAAGUUCUCCGGAUAGAUGUAGAUGGUGAAAGAGUAGCUGGAAAACCCUACGGAAUCCCACCAGAUAAUCCAUUUGUUUCAGAGCGUUAUGCUGCUCCGGAGGUCUACGCCUAUGGAGCAAGAAAUAUGUGGAGAUGUUCUGUUGACCAAGGAGACCCAGUGACUGGGAAAGGAAGAGGGAGGAUCUUCUGUGGUGAUGUUGGCCAAAGCCGUUAUGAAGAAGUUGAUAUCAUUAUUAAAGGUGGAAACUAUGGCUGGAGGGCCAAGGAGGGUUUUGAAUGUUUCGACAUAAUGCUUUGCCUCAACUCUUCUUUACAUGAUGUUCUACCAAUUUUUGCUUAUGGGCACAAUGUUGGUAAAUCGGUCACCGGUGGUUAUGUCUAUCGAGGUUGUGAAUAUCCAAAUCUAAAUGGCCUGUACAUCUUUGGGGACUUCAUGAAUGGACGGCUGAUGGCUCUUCAUGAGGAUGAGACAACUAAACAAUGGACCAAGCAGGAUAUCUGUAUGGGAGACUCAACCGUCUGCGCCUUCCCAAAGCUCAUCAACACCUACACCAACUUCAUUAUCUCCUUUGCAGAGGAUGAAGCUGGGGAGCUGUAUUUUCUCUCUACCUCGGACCCGACCUCUCUAUCCCCAUAUGGAACUGUAUAUCGACUUGUAGAUCCAUCUAGGAGAGCGCCCCCUGGGAAAUGUACCUACAAACCUGUGCCAGUGAAGACGACAAGUAAAGUCGUUCCUUUUGUCCCACGUGAACGGACUGUUCUUGAAAUACUCAGUGAACAAAUGAAACCGGCAAUCAAGAAACCUGUUAAAAUAAUGCCAAAACUAGAGAAGACUACCACCAAACCUCCUGCUAAGGGCACCACCACAAAAAUACCCAAAACGACUCAACCUUCACCGACUAAGGUAACAAAGAGUCCUACAGAGAUGGAACUGACCGAAGAAACAAAAAGGUUGUCUGUGACUACUACCCACACACCAUCCAUCAGUGGCAGAUUAAAGAAGCCUACAAAAGCUUCCAAAGUUAAAACAACAUUAACAAAGAGUGAAAAAACAAGUAAGGCUGCUAAAAAGCCUUCACCUAACCCACAAGCAAAGAAACCUUCUAAGGAUGUGAUCAAGAAAAUAUCUCCAGCCAAAAAAACAAUGGUGAUUAAUCCUCCAUCUUUAGAGCACACAAAGUCCAUUAUAGACAAAGUUAAGCAGCAGUCUCCAAAGUGGGAUGUCAAAAAACCUUUAUCCACAAAGACCCCUAAGAAAGUGAAGCCUACUAAGCCUACUAAGAGUCCAAAGCUUAAACUAAAAGAUAAGAACUCAAAACAUUACAAUUCAAAACCCAAAAAAUCUAAAGUUCAACUUCAAGACAAAGGUGAAAUAUUUUCACAGGACAAUACCAAAAGCCAAAGCAAAAAGAAAACAAAACCAAUAAAUAAGCCUAUUGUCCCAUCUUCAGAUGAAAGCAACCUGGCAUUUUCCUCAAGAAAGAAAUCAAAUAAAAGAAAUGCAGAUACAAAAACGGAUGCAAUGGAACCAAUCACAAAGAUUAGGCCAACUGAGGAUCUGUUGACUAAACCUCCACACGUUGAAGAUACAAGACCUACCAAAACUACAGUCAACCAAUACUCGAUAACAGAACAUACCACUUUGCCUGGUUUAAAAAAGUCUUCACCCACCAAGACCUCAUAUAAAGAAAAGCCUUCAAAAAUUCCAGAAACCAAAGAUACAAUCUCAAAAACAACUGCAUCUCAAGUGGUAGAAAAUAAUAAAGAUACAAAUGGACAAAAGGAGAAAAUUAAAAACCAAAACGAAAACAUUACAAGACCAACACCACCUCAAACCAUGGAGAUAUCUUCAGCACCAAGCAAUUUGGAAACUUAG